AUAAGAUAAUCAGUUUAAGAAAGAAAACCAAAUUACUUACUGACGAGCAAUUACAAGCUAAGUUUGAAGUUUAUCGGAAAAAAAUUAAAAGUAGUCCAAAGAAGAGCCGUGAAAAGGCACUGGAUGAAUAUUUAGUUCCAGUUUUUGCUUUGGUGCGGGAGGUUAUUUCGCGGAAAACUGGACUGUUGCUUUUUCCUACUCAAAUAUUUGGAGGAAUAGCCUUGCACUUUGGUAAUAUCGCCCAAAUGAAUACCGGAGAAGGAAAAACUCUGACUGCCUUUUUACCAAUUUCCAAACCAAUACUGGAUUUCUAUGGAAUUAGUUCGGGAGUUAAUUUAACCAAUAUUUCGACUGAGGGGAAAAAGCAACUAUACAAUAAAUGUACUGUUGUAUAUACUACUGGUAGUGAGUUAGGAUUUGACUAUUUGCGGAACAAUUUAAUAACUAGUAUUGAGGAAAAAAAAAAGCAUGAUUAUUAUUAUGCGAUUGCCGAUGAAAUUGAUUCUCUUUUUAUUGAUGAGUGUACUAAUCCGCUCAUUAUUUCCCAGCGAGCUCAGGGCAAAGAUGUUAUUAGCCCAGCCGAGUAUCAAUUAGCCACCAAAUUGGUUAACUCUUUGAGAGAAAAAAAGGACUACAAGAAAGAGCAAAAAUUAGUACUGAUUGAUGCUUUGACUGGUCGUUUAGUUGCGAAUCGAGUGUAUAGCUCCGGUAUCCACCAAGCGAUUGAAAGCAAAGAAAACUUACCAGUUAGUACCAAAAGUAAGACAAUUGCGACAAUUACUUACCAAAACUUUUUCCGACUUUUUGAUAAACUAUCAGGAAUGACCGGAACUGCUAUGAGUGAGGCCGAUGAGUUUCGGCAAGUAUACGGCAUGGAAGAGGGAAAAUACAAGGCUAUUAUUAAGUUAAUUAAAAAAAAUAGUCAAACUAAAAAGAGACCAAUUUUGAUUGGUUCGCCUAGUGUCGAAAUUUCCGAAUACUUGUCAACUUUAUUAACCAAAGAAGGUAUCUUUCAUUAUAAAUUAAAUGCGGUUAAUCACCAACAGGAAGCGGAAAUAGUGGCUCAAGCCGGACAAUUGGGCGUUAUUACUAUUUCAACUAAUAUGGCCGGGCGAGGAACUGACAUUGUUUUAAGCGAAGAGAGUAAAAAAGCCGGUGGUUUGUUGGUAAUUGGGGUAGAAAGAAAUACCAGUCGCCGAAUUGAUAAUCAAUUACGAGGUCGCUCCGGAAGGCAAGGUGACCCCGGAGAAAGUCGUUUCUAUGUCUCCUUAGAAGAUGAAUUAGUAAAAAAUUUUUCUAUUAAAGAACAGGUGGAAAGGAUGUUUAGUCGUAAGCAGUUAAAAGAACUUUUUCAUCGUCCAUUAAGCGGAAAAAUAUUUAAUUAUCUUAUCUCAGAACCCCAAGAAACUUUGCGGAAUGUUCAUGCUUCUAGUCGCCAAUAUCACCUUAACUAUGACUUACUUAUCAAUCGCCAAAGACAACUUAUUUACAAUUACCGUAAUAAAUUAUUAAGUGCUCUUGACUUAACAAAAAUAAUUAAAAAUAAAAAGACCAAGAAAACAAAAGGAGAGAUUGUGCCAAUUGAGCAAGAAUACUUAAAAGCUCGUCUAGUAAAAGGAAUAGAUAAUUUUUGA